AGUGCCAGACAUCAUUGUUGUCGUCCUUUAUUUCGUCUUUGUCCUUGCUGUUGGAAUAUGGUCUUCUCUUCGAGCCAGUCGGGGAACAGUUGGAGGCUAUUUCUUGGCUGGGAGAUCCAUGACAUGGUGGCCGAGCCACCUACUUUGAAUACACACUGCUGGGCUGGGUGCCCCACUGCUUGUCAAGGCAACAUUUCCCUUCAUGGCAGGCCAAGCUGAAGCUUCCAGCAUGCAGUUGGGACGCUUGACUUGAAUCAAGUUAUCUUCACAUUGCAGACAACAUCAAUUCAUAUUGGAGCAUCUCUGAUGUCAAGCAAUGUGGGGAGUGGCUUAUUUAUCGGCCUGGCGGGCACAGGAGCUGCAGGAGGCUUGGCCGUUGGGGGCUUUGAGUGGAAUGCCACCUGGGCAUUGCUGGUCCUCGGCUGGAUCUUUGUGCCAGUUUACAUCUCUUCAGGAGUGGUCACCAUGCCUGAAUACCUGAGGAAAAGAUUUGGAGGGCAGAGGAUUCAAAUGUACCUGUCUGCACUGUCCCUCAUCCUGUAUAUAUUCACCAAGAUAUCAACAGAUAUUUUCUCUGGUGCACUUUUCAUCCAAAUCUCCCUUGGUUGGAACCUUUACCUUUCUACAGUGAUCUUGUUGGUUGUGACAGCUGUCUACACUAUAGCUGGUGGUUUAACUGCAGUGAUAUACACAGACGCUUUGCAGACUGUGAUCAUGGUGCUUGGAGCGUUGGUUCUUAUGUUUAUCGGAUUUGAUAAAGUUGGGUGGUACGAAGGACUUCAAGAGAAGUAUAGUAGAGCCAUCCCCAGUGUCAUUGUGCCAAACACUACUUGCCACUUGCCACGGGAAGAUGCCUUCCAUAUGAUUAGGGACCCUAUCAAUGGAGAUAUUCCAUGGCCCGGACUUAUGUUUGGCCUCUCAGUGCUUGCUCUUUGGUGCUGGUGCACAGAUCAGGUAAUUGUGCAAAGGUCACUCUCUGCGAAGAGUCUCUCUCAUGCUAAAGGCGGGUCUGUGCUAGGCGGAUAUUUGAAAAUCUUCCCAAUGUUUUUCAUUGUCAUGCCAGGCAUGAUUAGCAGAGCUCUCUAUCCAGAUGAAGUGGGAUGUGUCGACCCAGAAAUCUGUGAAAAGGUCUGUGGAGCAAAAGUGGGUUGUUCAAACAUUGCCUACCCUAAGCUAGUAAUGGAGCUCAUGCCUGUAGGACUCCGUGGCUUGAUGAUUGCCGUGAUCAUGGCUGCCUUGAUGAGCUCUCUCACCUCUAUCUUCAAUAGUAGCAGCACCCUUUUUGCCAUAGAUAUCUGGCAGCGACUCCGCAAGACGGCCACCGAACAGGAACUCAUGAUCGUUGGAAGGGUGUUUGUCCUCAUUCUCGUUGCCAUUAGCAUCCUCUGGAUCCCCAUCAUCCAGCUAGCCAACAGCGGUCAGCUCUUUGACUACAUUCAGUCAAUAACCAGUUACCUAGCGCCACCCAUCACUGCCCUCUUCAUCCUAGCAAUCUUCUGCAAGAGGAUCAAUGAGCCAGGAGCUUUCUGGGGACUGAUGUUUGGGUUAGCAGUCGGACUCGUUCGGAUGGUUAUGGAGUUUAUUUACAUGGCGCCCUCCUGUGGCGAGGAGGACCAAAGGCCAGCUCUGUUGAAAGAUGUGCACUAUCUGUACUUUGCUAUCAUCCUGUGUGUGCUAACAGCAGCUGUCAUCGUCACUGUUAGCCUCUGCACACCACCAGUCCCAGAGGAAAAUCUUGCACGACUGACAUGGUGGACUAGACACAGCAAAACAGCUGGAAAAGACCUGGAGAGCCACACCUACCCAAGCAGAGAGAUGAUUUCCUCCAAGAGAGAGAACGAUGUAGAUACUGUUCAAUCAGAGAAUGGAGAUUUAGUAAGUAAAGAACAUGGAGGAGUGAAGCAUCCUUGCUGGAAGAAAGUGUGUUUCUGGUUCUGUGGGAUUUCCACUGACCCCAAGCCCACUUUAACCAGAGAGGAGGAAGCGGCGCUUGAAAAGAAACUCACCAGCAUCAAGGAAGAGCCAUUGUGGAAGGCUGUUUGCAAUGUCAAUGCUGUAACUCUCUUGGCUAUUAACAUCUUCUUAUGGGGAUACUUUGGAUGAGCCCAGGAUUGCCUUGCUCCAGUUAGAACAAGCACAGCAUCAACAUGAAGCUACAAGUAGCUAUUCAUUCAUCCAGGGACUUACACAGUGGCUUUAGCUGGUCCCCUUCUCUGUCUCCACCCCUAUCAGUGAUACCUUGACCUACCUCAUUGGGUUGUUGUGAAGACACACGAUAAAGUGAUUUACACACCACAAGUCUAAAAAAUAGUUAUUAUUAAUAGCUGUUACUUUCCUCCAAAGCUCCAUGCUUCUGAAAAUGGAAAGCCAUCUUCUUUAUUUAUCUAAAAAGUGGGGAGAGGAACUACAGGGUAAUUUUUAAAGGAAGAGAUGCAUUUAACAUGCCAUUCAAGAAGGUAUGUACUCAGGAGAGGGUUAUAGCUCAGUGGCAGAUCAUGUUCAAUCCCUGACACCUCCAGGCAAGGCUGGGUGAAACCCCUGCCUCAAAACCUGGCUGCCAGUCAGUGUAGACAAUACUAAGCUAGAUAGGGCAAUUAUGUGACUUGGUAUAAGGAAGCUUCCCAUGUUCCUAUCCACAGGUAAGCCCUCAGAACAGAAGGCAGCUAAUACCAAGACUGCAUUCACUGUGCUCCAUUGGCAGCUGCCUGUGCAGUGUUUAAUUCAAAGGGUGUGUUGCAUGAACUGUGCUGAGAAGCCCAUGAGUGAGGAAAAACAUAAUGGGUUUCUGAAUACAUUCAGGUGGGGUCGUUGGAAACAAUGGAAUAUAAAAUCCAGAUUUCCAUUCUGUUCCCAACCACUGAUGGGCACCAUGGGAACUAGCAGCACCAGAACUAGGCAUCAGUUCAACCGAGUAGAACUGUUUAGAAGACCUUUAUGCAGUCUCAUACUGUACAGACAUGCAUGGCUCAGAGGCUCUGACUCACUAAAGAAACAAAAUAAAAAAAAUCCUUCCAGUAGCACCUUAGAGACCAACUUACAAUAAGUUUGUUAUUGGUAUGAGCUUUCGUGUGUAUGCACACAUCUUCAGAUAAAUCACUAAAGAAUGCUUUGUUUUUUUCAUGCUGGGACAUUUCAAGAAACGAGUUGUUAGCACUAUAGAAUUCAUACGUGUGUUUGUGUGUGCGCGUGCUGUAAACAGAUUGUGAUAUAACAGCACUAUCCUAGGUGCAGUGCAGUGCCUCAAUUGUAAUUGACAUGCAAGUCCCUUAGCAGCAGACAUUUUUAAUGAUGUCAAUGCAUACUUUCUUAUUAAUCUUCCUUGCUAGGGCUGUGUCGAUCAGCAAAUGAUUAUCAUUCAUUUUCCUGACAAAUCUAUCUAUUGUUCCACACACACAAAAAGAAUCUUCUUUUAAACUAAGAUUAAUGACUUGCUGUUUUGUUGUCAGGCUGGCUGAGCAAGAGGAAAUGAAAUUAACAAUGAACCCCUACAAACAUGUCACUACACUAAUUUAUUGGGGAAAUAUUUUAAAAUGUUAUCUGAAAUAUAGUGGGUUUAAAAAGAAAACUUGCUUCUAUGGCACAUUUUUAGUACUGUAAGCAAAAAAAAAAACCCCUCUACAAAUUUGAGGAAGAUGGGCAUCA